AUGAGAGUUAAAGCACAAUAUUUUGGCUUAGACAUAUCUAUUGACGAAUAAGUCCUUAAACUGAUCAAAAAUGGAAUAAUCAACACAUGUUCUAUUGUUGUUAAUAACUUAAACCUUGAAAAAAAUGUAGCAGACCUAAUGAAGAACUGUAAGUAAAAAGGAUUGAUGAUAAACCUAACUCAAGGAUGCUCGUUGUAGAGCAAUUCAGAGUCUUUGAUAUCUUCUGAGUAGCUUAAAAAGCAAAUUUAAGAAAAUAAAGUUAACUUAAAUUUGAUUAAAUCAGAAAUAAGAGCUUAAAUUUAUAAAUACAUAAAAAUAUUUGAAGAACUACCUUUACAUAUUGAUGGGUUUGAAGAAAUCCAUUAAAUUCCUGAGAUAUCAAAUAUAAUUGCAUAAAUCAUGGAAUAAGAAUUAGGUAUUUAUGAAAUUCACUUUUAGAUGAGAAACAUAUUAUUAUCUGAGAGAGAAAUAAAUCAGUAAAUUUAGCUUAUAAACAAAUUAAUAAAAGUGUACUGCUCUCAUAAUAUUAAACCAGUAAUAUACAUGGAACAAGAAGACCUUUUCUUGUAUAAAGAGUCUUUAAAUAAGAUAAAUAGUAAGAUUGAAUAUGAUUAUUCCAUAAAUUUAAGAUAUGGCAUUACCUUAACAAAGCUUGCUAUUUCAGAUAUCAAUUCUUAGUAAAUUCCUAAAAUUAUGCCUUAAAAGCGCCUCAGCCAGUCUUCUCAAAAAAUCAGCUAAAUCAUCAAAAAAAUUUGUUCUGAUUAAAAUUAGCUAAAUAAAACGAAUAUUCUUAUUUAUUCAAAGAUCAAUCCUGCAACUGGGAACUAAACAUUUGCUCUCCGUUUAAAAAAGAUUCUUGAUAAUAAAUAUAUGAAUUAAAGAAAGGUUUUCCUUAGAGGAAUAGAUUAAUUCAAUUAAAAUGAUAAUCAAUCUUUUUAGAAUGAAGUAAAAAACCUUUCUUAAUUUAUUUAAGAAAACAAAAUCGGUAUGUGCUUAGGUAUAAAUGUUUAUAGAACCAGUAUAAUUUUAUCAAAAGUAAAAAAAAAUGUCAACUUUGAUUUAAUAUCGAUUAUAGCAGGGACUGAUGCCUAUGAAUUUUUAGAAAACGAUGUCACAGCUUAAUAGAUGAAAGAAGCUUGUGAGUAAUCUUCAUUAGUAAUUUCAAUAAAUGAAGAAAUGAAACAAAACUUUAUGAGAAAAUUUGGCAUACCAGACCAUUAAAUACCUGUGAUUAACUAGUCAAUCGAUCUGUCUUUGGCUAAAAAAUUCGAUAUUCGUUAAGAACUUGGUUUAAGUGAAAGAGACAAAUUAAUUUUGUUUCCAGCAGGUGUGAGAAAAGUAAAAAACUGUAAAUUCUUGAUAGAGCCAAUGAAAAAAUUACUCCUAAAAUAUCCAAAUCACUUCAUGGUACAUGUCGGAUCAAUUUUAGAGCAAAGUUAUCACAAUGAAUAUCUGAACGAAAUUGAAAAAAUUAAAUAAGAAUUCCCAUCUCUUAGUAAUAGGUUUAUUUUUUACGGAAGUUUAGAUUAUCCUUCCUAUCUUGGCGCGCUCCAGUAAUCUGAUUUAGUAUUAAAUUGUUCAUUCAGUGAAGGAUAAUGUAAUGCUAUUUUAGAAGCAAUGGGAAGUAAAAUAAUAACCUUAAUAAGCAGAAUAGAAGGAAAUAAAAGUAUAUGCGAAGACCAAGAAACAUCCAUCAUGUUUGAAGGAGAGGAAGAAUUUACUGAUAUGUAUGAAAAAAUUUUUAACAGUAAAAUUGAUACUACUUAAUUAAUCGAAAACGCUUUUAAAAAAUUCUAAGAGUGCUAUGAUUUCAGUAUUGAGGAAAAAGGUUUCUCUGAUUUAUUUUCCUAAGUUGACUCAAAUGCAUGCUUACUCUGA